UUCACGGGUAACUCACUCCCGUGCUAAAUAUAUCCGCGUUCUUUUUUUCCCCCUGGUUCUCCCUGGUUCAUUCACUCACAAAUACACACCCUGUUCCGACGUUCGUGGUUCCCUGACAUAGGCCACCGACGUGUGCCGCAUCUUUCGCCUGACGCGUGAGCGCAGUUGCAACUGCAUGCGAGCGCACUCGCUCGCUGCACUGCUGCCAACAUGCUCUCCUACAUGCUGCCAGUCGAGGAAAAAUCGCCAUCCGCAUCGGCUGCAGCAGCAACGCGUAAUCUAAGCCUCAACCUGACCACAACAACCACGGGUACCGCAACCGGUGGUGUUAGUGGUGUUGUCGGUGGUGCCGUAUCUACUGGUGGUGCUGCUGGUGCUACGAUCGUGCGCGAGUGUAACGCUGGUUCCGGCUCCGGUACAACCACCGCGAGCACGUCCAGUGUCGCCCAGGUGCGGUCCAUCAUCAAGCCAAUAAUCAAACACGGUGCAACACAUCGCUAUCAGCUGAUCGGUGGCGGUUCGGAUAGCAAACCGCACGGUGCAGGAGCAGGUGGCAGUGCGGACAGUCGCCAAGCGCGUGCUAGUGGCCGCUGGCAGGACGAACCGGACGGUGAGGCGGAUCUGUGCGACGAAAGCACCAACCUGCUGUCGGCCGGUGCCGAGGACGAGGACGACGACGACCGGGAACCAGCCGGCGAUCAGUCACGGCGCGUCGGUCCGGUGAAGAGUGACAAGAACUUCAACAAUCUCAUCCUGGUGACGAACGGUCGGCACACGAAACCGACCAACGGUAACCAUGCGGGCCCCACACCGAAGCUGGCCAGCGUACUGAAACCGACGAACGGUGUCGGCGGACCCGGUCCGGUACGGCCGGGCAGCAGCAACAGUGGAGUCGCCCACACCACUAGCGGCGGUGUCUACUACAAUGGCUACAUAGCCGUCAGUGGCGAGAACGACGAUGAGCACCAUCGGCUGCUGGUCAGUGCGAACAAUCUGCGGAAUACGUGCGUUGAACCGCGCCAGGAGUGGAACAGCCGAACCGGUGAGGGUCCGGGCGCACCGGUCGCCACCGAUCCACCACCAUCCUCUUCCACCUUUACCAGCACCGUGCGCACCAACGGUAACUGCCGCACGAUGAACAGUCUGAACGGGAACCUGAUGGGGUCGGAGGCACCGCCGGUGGUGGCCCCGCUACCACUGGAACCGUCCGACAUUGGGAGCGGUACGGCGGACGCCUCACUCGGCAGUGACUCGGACUCGGCCACCGGUGCCGGUGGUUCCGGGUCGGCCACCACAACCGGUGGCGGCAAGAAGGUGAAACUGAACAAGCUUGGCGGCAACAAGAACGUCACACUGAAAAGAGUAUCGUUCGGCUCGUCCAAGGGUUCGAUGGUGGAAACGCUCGUGUUCGAGACGCCGACACCCCUGCCGGAGCAUGCCGAGCGGGAGUUCUUUCAAUCGCCAGCCGUGCUGGCCGGUGCAGGACACACGACCGUGUAUAGCGGUGGCAGCGGUCCGCCCGGCAAUCUAGUGCACCAUCACUAUCCGGCGACGGGGCUGGCCGGGAUGCACCAUCCGCAUCACCAUGCACCGCAUCAUCACCACCAUCAUCAGUACCAUCCGCAGUAUUCCGGGGGCUACCAUCCGCUGGACGGUGGUACGGGCACGGGAGGACCGCACGACGACAGCGGCAUCGAGCUGCAGGAAGAAGUAGAGCGCUCGAAGGUGCGUGUAUCGUUCUUCCAGAGCAGCAAACCGCAAUCAAUCAGUCCGCCGGAGUCGCUACACCUGUACGGUGGGCAAAGUUUGAUUAAUUUCGGUGGCGGCGGUACCGGUGGCAGUGGUGGCGGCGGUGGCCAUGAUAACAACAACUCACCGCUAGACACCUACAUCACCUCGGCAGCACUCAACCAACAGUACGAUUCGCUGACCAGCCAUCAACAGCAGCACGCACACUUUCAUCCGGACCACCGGGAUCCCAACAUGGCGGCUGUCUACGGAGGUACCAAUGUGCCGCCGACGGUGUUUAAUCGACAAAUGAGCACCGAAUCCGGCUGGGACAAUCCAUUCAGACCGGGCGGAGACCUAUCGAGGGAAGCAGAUGAAAUAGUCAAUCUGAUCAAAGGUGGCAAACCGAUCACACCUACCGGCGACCAAAGUUUAGUGAACGGAAGUACUCCUAAAGAUAAUCACAGUACCGACGACCCAGACACGACGGUUGUAGACGGUGCGAUAACAAAGCACGAGUCCUCGCAAUUGCAAGCGGCCCAUCAGAAUGGCACCAAAUCGCCUCACAAAUCGACCGGCACCGGUGCCACCGGUUCACCUGCGCUGGGAGCGAAAAAUGGAACCACCACCGGUGCGGAUGGCAGUACGGUGAACAGCAGCACGACACCGAUCAGCAAUCAGGUGAUACCGGGGCCACAGUCCGCAUCGCACGUCGUCAUCGACGAGAAGAAAAAGAAAAAGUGCACCUGUUGCGUUAUACAGUAAAAGCGCAGCCGACCGCACUGUGUAACCGGUUGGUGGUGUGUAUGCGUGUGGGCGUGCAUGUAGCGUGUGUGUGGGUGUGGGAAAGAGCAAAGGCAAACAAAAGAGAAAAAAAAGGGACGUGAACAAAGCGAAGAAAACACGCCAUCUGCGCUAUAUUUCGUUAUACAUAUGCAUAUAUAUAUUUAUACGAACGCAGAUGGCACAUGUGUGUGGCGGCAUUGAAUGGAGAGACGAGAAACAAUUACAUACAUAAUAUAUUUAAAACGACACGCGCGUACAUACACCCCACCCGACACCCAACAGAGCGCCCCACUGACGUCUAGUAAAGGCGAAAUGGAUAACGUGUCCAUACCUAUUUCUACGUCUUCUUCUUGCUGUGAGAUGGGCUGAUGAGAAGAGGGUUUUAUGCUAAGAAAAUCACCUUGCUGCUUGUUUGAUGUUAGGAAAAGCAUGUGGCUUCUGGUAGCAGGUAGUCCAGGACUAGCCAACUCCCCCCCGUAUCAUGCAGCUAGCAAUAAGGAGCAGCAGGUGCGCGGAUACGAAACGCCGAAUGAUCCUUGUAAAACAUAACCGAACCAGAUGAACCGACGUUGACGAUCCGUUUAGUAGCGCUAGGUUUAGGGGAUGGGAUGAACGGCAGCGAACGAACAGAUGAAUGUGCGCAUUUUGUGUGGGCAACACCCCAAACACACGUACACAUACACACACACACACACAUGGACACAUACACACUAUUGUGCAAUUUAGUGCGAUAGGACGGUGAUCGAAGCGCAGGACAAUGUUUGGCGAAACAUUAAGCACAUAGUCAUUAGCGAACGUUUUUACGCAAUAUAUUUUUUUUGUUUGGUUGUAAUCCCAAUGCGUGCAAUGCACACGCUUGCUCUCUUUCAAUCCUGUUUCGUUGUACAUUUGUAUUAGUCAUGAUGUGUGCUUUCACGCAUAACGUGUAAUCUUUCCGCUUGAUUAACUUUUACAUUUUUUACACACACAAACACACACAUUUACCUUCUUCUAGAACAUGUGUAUGUGUGUAUGUGUGCGUGCGGAGUUGUUUACAUCACAAAUGUAUGUGUGUGUGUGUGUAUUUAUGGUGAAAUGUAUUCGUUCAUUUCGGUGGUUUAACUGUAUUUUAUACAUUUUACAUCUUUUAAACCUCGUAAAACACUCUCCCCUUCUCUCUUCCCCUCCAACAUCAUACAUACACAUUUAUACAUGGACGGGGCACACUCCUACAACAAUUUAAUGGCGUAUAAAGCUAUGCAUAACAUUUAUUGUUAGAAGUUUAGUAUUAAAAGGACGAGAACGCGUAAAGAACGAUUGUAGGCGAGAGUUUAUAUAUGUACACCUUUACAAACACACACACACAUACAUACAUGCGCACACGGUUAAAAGAAAUGAGACAAAUUUAUAGCUUUUGUUUUAACCUGGAACGGAACGAUACGAAAGAGAAAAAUCCAAUAGUACAGAUGAUUGUUGCAUUUAUGCUCUUUUUGCACAGCGGAUAUGAACGUUCACGUGUUUGGAAAAUGCAUCAAUGGGAUGAUGAUAAUGAUGUUCCUUUUCACCAAAUAAAAUAUUAAGAAAUUUUAAGCGCAAGGUGACGUAAUCUCGUCGAUUGAUUGAUUUUUGGAUACUCGUACAUGGUACAAUAUGUACACGUACGUACUACAAGCACUAGUAGACAGGAAAAUAUAUUCUUUGCACAUACGAACACAGAUACACAAACAACCAACAGCAUGUGUUAGCUACUUAUCUUACAAAUUGUUUUAUUACUAUUAUUUAUUACUUAAAUACAUCCUUACCGUGCUGCAGCGUGUGUGUUGAAGCUUUGGUUUUAUCAUAAAAGUGAAACAAAAAUAUUAUUCUUGAAACAUAAUAGCAUACCGAUUGCAUUGGGUGUCUGUUUUAAAACAGCAUAAUCGUAAAGGCAUUACAACAUGUCUGCACAGUCAUUUGUACUCAGUAUCAUUUUGUACUCUGAAAGGGGUCUGCCAAUGUAUUUCAAUAAUGAAUGUUUUCUCUUCGUAAAGUUCAUUUAGAAGAAAUCACUAUACAUUGUAAUUUUAAUGUAUAUUUUGGACAAAACUUCGACAGUUUAUUGAUGUGUUGGAAGAAGCAUUUUAUUUGAAAAUGUCGUGCUAACAUGACCAGUACAGGAAUUCCACCAUGCAGAAGUGCAUGGAGUCAAAACUAAAUUAAGCGCAGCCUAAACACCAACUUAUACAAUUAUAACUUUGAAGUAUCUAACAAACAGCUAAAUUCUACUUCGUACGCUGUAACACACGUAGCCAAAUGUAGAUUCGGUUACUGUUCUUUUUAUGUAGAUGGUGCUAUCUAACUGCUACCAGAAGCUACUGCACUCACCAAGAAGUGUGCUUAGUGUUGGAAUUGUCUGUCUACUUGAAGUACUGCCAUUUCUGCACUAAUGGAAGCAAAUCUCUAAUGGAAUUAUGCCACUUGCUAGGCGACCAAAUAUAAACACACACAAACAAAACAUCAUUAUCCACACCCAUUCCGCCUAUUUCAGCACCAAAGGGGAUGUAUGCGAAAAUCAUCUGUACAAUCGUUUCAUUCUUUCACAAUUUGUUCUGUUCCAUUCCCAUCACCUAUCGUUUUGCGCAUCACUAUCGCCACUAAACAAACACACACAAAACAUACACACAUAAACAAAGGGGCUAAUAGGCAUUCUCACCUGUGGGCGAUAAUACACAGCAAGCACACUCACAAAUUAUAUUCACUAAAUCGAAACACAAAUGUGAAAAUCGGGUGACGUUGUAGCUAAAUUAGUGGGAGAAAACAAAAACCCAACAAAAGUGACAAAAAAUAGUAUUUGUAAAAAAUGGAAAUCAAACAAAGAGAAGGCAAGGCAAGCGAAAGAUGCGACACUAAGCGGGCGAAGAAGCGAACGGAUGCAUGUUUAGUAUAGCGUAUUAAAAUAUUAAGAACGAGAAGGGGGGACAGCGAAAUGUAAAGUGAACUAGAAUGCGUAAAAAAAGGUGAGGAAAGCGUGAAAGGUAAGGAUGGUCGGACGUUUUGGGGUGGGUAAAGAACUAUAAAUAAUGCAAAAAGAAAAGUGUCUCCAGCGGGCGAGGAAAGUGCUGUUCCGAACAAUUUAGUGUUUCGGAUAAAAAAGAAUAAAGUGAAGAAUUAAACACACACACACACAUACAUACACACAAAUACGAAAACGUACAUACACAUACACACACACAAAAGGUACAAUUUAUGUGCUCUAGUAUUCAAAGGUAUUGUCGCCCGUUGAGGUUAAGGUUGUGCGCUACUAUCACACAUUGAUUGUUUUACGCAAAUUGGGAAUGAAUGUACGAUCGAUAAGUUUCGAAAUUGUCUAUUGUGACGUUAAAAAGCGAACGCGAAGGAGAGAAAGAGAGAGAGAGGUGAAAUGGAUAAAAGAAGAGAACAAAAAAGAAGCGAACCCCUCGGAGACGAACCGAUUGAAGGAAGAAAAACAAAACAAAACUAAACAAAAAAAAACACACACACACACAGAAUCUAUUUAUUAUAUUGUAUUGAAAUCUAAAACAAACAAAAAAAUAAACUAGACAUAUAGUAGUGUAAGAGCUACCACAAGAAAACAACAGAGGAACAGUGUAGCAAAACACAAAACCAUUUGCAUUAGUGUAAUAAGUGCAAACAAAAAAUGUGUGCUACCUGUGCGUACGUACGGUGUAUUAGCGUUGUAAAGAAAAAGGGGAAAUGAAAGAGAGAGAGAGAGAGAGAGAGAGAGAGAGAGAGAGAGAGCGCAGAGAGAAUCGAAUGGCAAGAUGGCGAGGAAAGGACACCUGGCCAUUUGUUGUGUGUAUUGGCCGCAGGGGUUUCGAUUCCCUGUGUAGUAGCAAUUGCGUUGUUGCGUUCUGUUUUCCCUCACUCUCACGCACUUACCGCGAGGUGACAGUACCAAUAUCACCCUUAAUAAUGGAACAAUUUGCCGGUAACGCACUUUCUAAACCAAUAGGAACGGGAUAGUAUUUUUUGGUAGCAAGCAUUUGUUCAUUGUGUUCUGGUGAUGGAACGUCACUCACACCGUUACUAUCAUAUUAACGCUUGCAUGGAUUCCGCUGCAAGGCAACAGGUGUGUCUGAUUUUUUUUGUUACGGCCUGUCCGGUACCAGUGUCGUUUCUGCGGAACAGGUGUUUUGAAGGUGUGUAUAUUCGCUAUACAGUUGGAAAGAUUGACAAAAAAAAAGAGGAAAACCAGUGUGCUUGGGUGAGAGUGAGAGCAAAUGGUGCGGAAAACGAAUCGUGAAGAAACGUAUUGAUUGCAGCUAGUGGGUGGGCGAACGGUGCGCGAGAAUGUGCACCGCCGGGUAAUAACUACAAAAAAAAACUCGAAAUCGAAGUAGAUGAACAAAGCUACAGCAAAAACAACAACAAAAAAGAUGUUAACUAUAUGAAUGAUCCCGCUAUUAAAAAAAAAGAAAAAGAAAGAUAUUUCAAUAAAGAAGAAAGCAAAAACUCUGAA